UGGCUCCGUAGCUGGUAAUCCUGUGGCUGGUAAGUGCUUAUGGGUACCGUCUCUCGCUCCGCUCUCCUGUUUCUCAUUCCCACACUAUUAUUCUCUGCGGCCGUCUCCGACGUAUCUUCCGAUGAAUCCGAUGACCUAUUGAUCCGCCAAGUCGUGCCGGAGGGGGACGAUCUAUUGAGCGCUGAACACCAGUUCGGCUUAUUCAAGGCUAAGUUCGGCAAAACCUACUCCACUGUGGAGGAGCACGACUACCGCUUCAGCGUCUUCGAGGCUAACUUGCGUCGCGCUAGAAGGCACCAGUUACUUGAUCCUUCUGCUGUACACGGCGUCACUCGGUUCUCCGAUUUAACUCCUGACGAGUUUCGCCGGAAUUAUCUCGGAUUAAAGCCGCUCCGGCUCCCAGCCGAUGCACAAAAGGCUCCGAUCCUCCCGACCAACGAUCUUCCUGCCGAUUUUGACUGGAGAGAUCAUGGUGCCGUAACCCCAGUUAAAGAUCAAGGUUCCUGUGGAUCAUGCUGGUCCUUCAGUGCAAUUGGAGCCUUGGAAGGAUCUCAUUUUCUUACGACUGGAAAUCUUAUUAGCAUGAGUGAGCAACAGCUUGUGGAUUGUGACCAUGAGUGUGAUCCAGAAGAAUAUGGUGCUUGUGACCAAGGGUGCAAUGGCGGGUUGAUGACAAGUGCUUUUGAGUACAUACUAAAAGCAGGGGGAGUUGAGCGAGAAGAGACUUAUCCUUAUAUUGGAUCUGAUCGUGGUUCUUGCAAAUUUAACAAAAGCCAAAUUGUUGCAUCAGUAUCGAACUUCAGUGUUGUUUCACUUGAUGAAGAUCAAAUUGCUGCAAAUUUGGUGAAGAAUGGCCCUCUUGCAGUGGGUAUCAACGCAGUUUUCAUGCAAACAUACAUGAAGGGAGUUUCAUGCCCAUACAUUUGCUCAAGAAAUUUGGAUCAUGGAGUGGUUCUAGUUGGAUAUGGUUCUGCUGGUUAUGCCCCUAUCCGGUUCAAGGAAAAGCCUUACUGGAUCAUAAAGAACUCUUGGGGAGAAAGCUGGGGAGAAGAUGGGUAUUACAAGAUCUGCAGAGGUCAUAACGCAUGUGGAGUGGAUUCCAUGGUCUCAACUGUAGCAGCUAUCCAGACCACCACCCAAUAGAUUAUGAAUCCUUUGUGAAGGUACUAGAUUUGUGGCACCCUUAUAUAUAUAUAUAUAUAUAUAUAAUAUAAUAUAAUACAUCUGAAAAGGGGUCUCUCGUAGGCAUGGUCAAAUGGAUUGUAAUAAGCCAGCAGUCAUUCUAUAAAACUUGCCUCAGGAGCUGCAUGUAGUUUUUAGUCCAGUAUGUGUCGUUCAUAUUGUAACUGUCUUUUCGCCUAUGUUUGAUUUGAUGAUAUAAUUAUGUGGAGGCAAGCCAGUGAUAUUAGGGUUUUAACCUAAAUUGACUUGAUUUU